AUUUACAGUGCUAUGGGCUGAACGGACUGUGAUCUUCCAGCACGGCUGACGGUGUACAGGACCGAAACUAAGACAAAAUGGGCACAAAACAACUGACUGUAUGAUAAAGAAGAGAAGUCUCUCAAACUGCUGCACUGACAAAAAGAAAAUGAGUUGAUAUGCAGAACCUGAAAUAGAGUGAAAGAAAGUGUCCUGAUACAUGCUCAGCCAGAGAGAAUAGAGAUUGUGGACUUUCAUAAGAUGGCAUCUGGAAGGAUUCGUUCCACGCGUCGCCUGCGUUCCUGGAUAGUGGAACAGGUGAACAGUGGGAAUUAUAAUGGCCUAGUGUGGGACAACCCUGAGAAAACCAUGUUUCGAAUCCCAUGGAAACAUGCAGGAAAACAGGAUUUUCGAACAGAGGAAGAUGCAGCUAUUUUCAAGGCUUGGGCAGAGUUUAAAGGGAAGCUUGGGGAGAAUGGAAGUUCAGACCCUGCAUCCUGGAAAACUCGCCUUCGCUGUGCCCUCAACAAAAGUCCAGAGUUUAGUGAGGUCACUGAAAGGUCACAGCUGGACAUCUCAGAACCCUACAAGGUGUACCGCCUCGUACCAUUAGAAGAACAAGGAGUGGAGAAGGUUAAAAAAGAGAACGGACAGAAGCCAGCGAGGAGCAGCAGGAGGAAACGCAGUGAAUCCGAGCAAGAUGAGCAGCAGAUUGCAUGCAAAAAGAUCAAAGAGGAGCUUAUUGUGCCCCAGGCCAUCAACAUGAGUGCGCAGGAGAUCAUCCCACACACAGGAAGAGAGAUAACACUCCAAGCAGAGGUGGAGACCAGCCCCUUAAAGACUGACAACAGCACUGAAGAUAUCCAGGUGAACUUCACCAUUGAAGCUGUAGAGAAGAGAGUGCUGCACACAUUCCACAUAACCGUGUACUACAUUGGUCAGGAGGUUCUGCGGCGAGAAGUAAUGGGUAAUGAUGUUCGGAUCGCUUACCUGCCUCCCUCACCUGUCCCUCCGUCUCCACCGUCUCUAAACGGCACUAGCUUCCAUCGAAUCCCUCUCCCAGACCCCCCAUCAGACAUGAGCUCCGACCCCAGCCUCACCCCACGUUUGCUCGCUCUCAACAAAUUGCUGCCCUUCAUGAAGGGGGGAAUAGUGCUGACCUUGUCAGGAGGAGGCAUCUAUGCCAUGCGCUUGUGUCAGGGACGGGUGUUCUGGAAGGGACCACAUAACACCACCACAGGGCCCUGUAAAAUGGAGAGAGGAGGCGAGCCCACCCAACUGUUCAGCAAGGAUAUAUUCAAACAGGAGUUGGACUCGUUCCACAAUGGAGGAAGACAACCUCAAAGUGAGAUCACGCUGUGUUUUGGAGAAGAGCUGCAUGAUGGAGAUAACAUCAAUGAUAAACACAUCAUCAUUAAGAUCUCUAUUCCCUGGGUUGAGUCACAGAUAGAAGAGGUCAAGGACCUCAGAGACUCUUUUGCAAUUCUCAAAAGUUUGGCCAGCCAGUCUCCUACAGGGGAAGUGACACUGAACUUUGAAUUAUUGGAGCAGUAACAAACCUUAUAUAACAAAACACUUACUACAUUGUUGACAUUAAGGAUCAGAAUGAAGAAGAACUAUAUACAGUAUGAAAUGAGACUUGUAGAAACACUUUACUGUAAGUAGUUGGUGAAAAUAAAUAUUGUAAUUAUUAUAGUUGCCUUAAGUACUUAAAAUAUAUAGCCAUAUAGUAGUAGAAUCCACAUAUUUAUAAGUAAUAAAAAACAUGUCUUUUUAUCAAUAUAAAGUCAAUAUUUCAUUGUAUGUUUCACAGCAAGAUUUGUAGGAGCACACCGAAUAUUUUUUGUGUCAUUUGUACCACUACACCAUCUGGCCUAGUGGAGUCUGAGUAGAGAUGUUCUGACUCAUUAAAUGCAUUAAUAACAAUGUACAUGGAUUACUACAAAUGGGUUGUUAAAUUAGCCUGUACGUUUUCAUCAACGCUAAUGUUUCAUUGAAUUUAUCAAUAUUUGUAAAUAAAUUAAUCAGUGGCAGUAAAUGAUGUUGUCACUUG